AUGGCGUCAAAUCUGGCAAAAUUAAUGACUGUUCUUAUCACAGUUCCAACCAAAGAAGUGGGUUUAACAAUUUCAAGGUAAAUAUUUCGAAAUUUUCCGUGUGAAAACUGUAUUUUCAGAAAAAUCGUUGAAGAAAAACUGGCAGCUUGUAUAAAUAUUAUUCCGGCAAUAACAUCGGUUUAUGAAUGGCAAGGAAAAUUGGAAGAAAGCGACGAACUACUUAUGAUUGUGAAAACGACGAAUGAACGAAUAAAUGAGUUAGAAAAAGUGAGGCAUUGA